CAACCACCAGAAAUGGCUACAACCACUGCCACGACUGCAGAAACAGAGGGCCUCCCGCCCAGCCGGUAUCUCUGUCUCACCAUCCUGGGCUACAGAAAGCCCGGGAUGAGCGAGGAGGCAUACCGUCGGCAUAUGAUUGAGGUCUCAGCGCCGCUGACGAAAGACUUGAUGGUCAAAUACGGUGUCAAGCGAUGGACGGUGAUUCACAACCCUACUCAAACACGGCUCUUGAUGAACACGAUCUAUGAUCGCCAGAUGGCGAAUAUUGCCGACUAUGAUUGCUUCAGUCAGGUGGUGUUUGAGAGUGUGGAACACUAUAAGAAGAUGAAGGAGGAUCCGUACUAUAAGGAACAUCUUUUUGGGGAUCACGAGAACUUUGCGGAUACUAAGCGGAGCCAAAUGACGAUUGGAUGGAUUGAGGAGUGGAUCAACGAUGGCGCUGUGCGUGACGGUCUGGAGUUCCCGAGUGAUGCUCAGCAGGGAGUAUCGGGGGUGGUGUCUAC